AGGGGGAGUGGUGCCGAGAGCGUAGUGUAGGCGUGGGCUUGCUGACAGUUUCUGAGAGUGAAAAACCGGGGAGGACCGUCUGAAGCUGAGCAGACAGAGCGGACGCGCUCCGGUGAAGUUCUGUCCAGAUCGGAGUUUUCUCUCUCUUUGCGCGCUGGAGGUUCAGCGGAACGGAGCUGGAUCGUAAAACCUCGGUUCUGCCAGCAGAAAGACUCAAACUGAAGGAAAUGAGGAUUGUAGUCUGAAAGUUGCUGCUGCAGGAGGAGAACAACAACCUUUCCUUCACUCAGACCUUUGUCUUCAGGCUGCUGCUCUUUCAAUGUGGCAUACAGUUUUGCUCCAUUCGCCAGGCUGAAAUCUUCCAGGGUCAGGACCUCUGUCAUGGCAGCCCUGCUCCUCGGGCUGCUGCUGUUUGCUAUGCAGUCCCCUCCGCUCCCGUCCAGGCCCCUGGCGGACGGGGGGUCAUCUUCGCCCCCCACCUCCUCGCCAGCCGCCGACAAUGGCACCGCCAGCCAUCCCAACGGGACCCUGCAGCAGCUUCCUCAGAUCAUAAUCAUCGGCGUGAGGAAGGGGGGCACGAGGGCUCUGAUCGAGAUGCUCAGUUUGCACAGCGCCGUGGUGGCGGCUCAGAAUGAAGUUCACUUUUUCGACUGGGAGAGUCACUUUCAAAAAGGCUUGCCCUGGUACCUCAGUCAGAUGCCUUACGCCUUCCCCGAACAGCUGACGGUGGAAAAGACGCCGGCCUACUUCACUUCUGGCAAGGUCCCCAAACGCAUCUAUCAGAUGAACCCCAACAUCAAGCUGCUGCUCAUCCUCAGAGACCCCACGGAGCGGGUGCUCUCGGACUACACCCAGGUCUUCUACAACCGCCUCCAGAAGCACAAGCGCUACCAGCCCAUCGAAUCGGUGCUGGUGAAGGACGGCGAGAUCAACCUGGGGUACAAGGCUCUGAAUCGCAGCCUGUACUAUGUUCACAUGCAGAACUGGCUGCAGUACUUCCCCCUGGAGAGCAUCCACGUCGUGGACGGGGACAGGCUAAUCAAGGACCCCUUACCCGAGAUGAAAAAAGUGGAAAGAUUCCUAAAGCUGGAGCCGCAGAUAAACGCUUCAAAUUUUUACUUCAACAAAACAAAAGGAUUCUACUGUUUGAGGGAUCACGGGCGAGAGCGGUGUUUGCACGACUCGAAGGGCAGAGCGCACCCUCAUGUGGCUCCUGCCAUCCUGCAGAAACUCUACCAGUUCUUCCACCAACCUAACAAAAAGUUCUUUGAGCUGGUGGGAAGAACAUUUAACUGGAAAUAAAUGUCUGAGUUUGUGCACAACGAGCUCACCAACAACAUAAAAUGAAGGGACAACAGCUAAUGUAAAUUUAAGCAAAAUUUUUAUUUUUUUACUAGUAUAUUUGUUACGGGGGGCACUCUGGGUCAGUCCACCCCCUUCGCCUGCUCAUACUUUAACUUUGUGCCCAGAUGUUGCCAUUCGGUUUGUUCCUGUAAACACACCAGUUCAUACAGAUGCGCUUUAUCUUUUGUUGUAGUUAGACAAUUUAAUUAAUAAUGGAGGUAAGGCAACUCAUUUAUCUGUAUAUUAUCACCCAUUAACUUAGAAUCAUCUCCACCGAUUGUGGCUAUAAACUCCUGUAAAACACGACAAGCCCUAUGGAACCAAAAUAACUUUGAGUAGUGACCUGCUAGUGAACAUUUCUUAACAGUAGACUAUGAUUGGAAUAUAAAAGUGGCCAUAAAUGGAUGUUGGCUCGGCAUGAAACAGGCUCUGUUUUGUUCCCCCUAAACAUUAGGUAUGAAAUGGCCAACAGUGAGGUGAAAAUCAGGGCAGACUGCUGGUUUUCUUUUCCAAACACCCAUCUCAUUGACACCCUGUGCUGUGAGGAAUGUGGACCAGCUUCAGCUCGUAUCAGCAGACUCGUUUUGCACGGUGCCAGUAUUGUUACAUAAAGAUAUGCACUGAGCAGAUUUUCAUUGCCAGACGUUCUUCUUUUGCAUUUUUUGAGAUAACAUUGUUCAUAUCUAACUGUAUUUAAAGCUCUGAAGGAAUUUAUUGCUGCUAUAUUUUUUUAAGGGGCACACACUCUAAAUAUUGAACAAUAAUUUGUUCUUUUUGUGGUCAGUUUCCUUACUUUGUUUGCAAGAACCAGUCAUGUAAACGCGGAACCCAGAUACUGCUCAUCAAAAACUCAACUGUAAAUAUUUUUUCUAAAACUGAGAAGUUAACACUAUAAUAAAGAUGCUAUUUUAUUUUUUACAUGUCUACUGUUUUGUCCUUCUCUCUCUCUCUCUCUCUCUCUUUUUUUUUUUUUACAUACUUUUACGCUGUGCCGUUUAUCUUUGCCUGUAGUAGGAUGACUCGGGUCAUUAUUUCUCCACCUGCUGACUUGCUUAACAGCUGUACUUCCCAUGUUUUAGUCGGGCUGUCAUGCGUUUAGGAAACUGUGCAUUAACUUUUAUUGUUCAGAUAAUGAGUUCUCUUGAAUUUCCUGUUUGGCCGCCUGCUAUCAGAAGAGCUACAUUUGGAUUUUAGUGCGUGUUUAAUAAGCUGUUGUCUGAUGCUUCAUUAGCUGUUUUCAGAGCAGUUUUCUUUACACAACCUAAUUAUCUGCUAUUAUAGCAUGUGAGAAUUAAGAGUGGGGGACAGAGGUGAAGUAAAAUUUGAGCACAAUCUCAACCAAAAAAAAAAAAAAUCAAAGGAGAAGUUGUUUAUGCCCAAGGGUGCAAUCAUCUUACUUAGUUUUCAAGAGAGGCAAGGCAUUAUGUAUUCAAAUCACAUCCGCAGACAUUAAGCUCCAAAAACCUCAGCCCCAAAAAGGUUUUGUGAUAUUUGGAAGUGGCCCGGAUGCACUCGGAGGGAUGCCAGGACUUCAGACAGGACGCUAAGCUUGCUGCUCCUUAAAUCCGCAGCGCAACAAGAAUUCCUUUUCUUUUCCGUUUGCCCUCAGAGAGUGCAAAUUAUAUCUUCCUGCUCCCUCUGCACUUUGCAUGUGUUCACUUUGGAGAGAUUAUUGAGUAACCCAAUCAGAGAGGCUUUGGAGUAAAACCCGUUUUGCUGUGGGCAAGAAAGAAAGAGGCGGAGAAGGUAAACAGAGAUCUUGAGGGGCCAGGGUUGAUCUUAGAUUAUCAAGGAUCUCUAUAAUGUGCGUCAUCUGGCCUGCAUGGGGAAAACAACAUAACAUUUAUUCUCAAGAUGGGGUCAUUGCUGGUUGCCACAUCUGGAGGAAUGUACGGGAAUCCAGUUGCUUUUGAAAAGUAAGACACAAAGCAGUAGCAAUGUCAGUGUCACCUUCCUCUGGGUCAAAGUAAGACUGAUGAAAUAUCCAGAUAAAUUCAUUUUCCCUCCACACUACAGCCUGCAAUAACUACCAUUUAGGAAGAAGAUGAAUAAAUUGCAUAUAUGUUAAGCUUCAA